AUGCUAGAGAAUGUCGCAAGCUGCUCCCGUGACUUCUCUGAUGCUGUUACUCAGAGUAUGCUUGGGCCGCCCCUGGCCGUCUCAGCUGCUUCCUUUGGUUGGGUUGACCGCAAACGUCUCUUCUGGUGCAAUGAUGGUAGACGGUCUGUCUCCCAGCUCCCAGCCUUGGCCCUCCCUAAGCAAGCCAAAUCCGAGCGAGGACAGUCUGGCUGGCACGUCCGGUGGCAAGACAAGAAGCCCUGGCCGCCGGCAGUGGCCUUCUCUGAUGGCUUCCAGCCCUUCUCGCCGGCAAACAAUGCAGCCUCGGCCCAGGACAUGCCAUGCUUUCCUGUGUUCACGCGAAGCUUUCGUCACCCACCUGACCAGGGCCCCUUGUCUGACCGAGCUACCCUGCAGCGAUUCCGUGAUGAUGGCUGCCGUUACCCGCUGUUCUGCUAUGCUGAACCUGCCUUGCUAUGGCGCGGUUCCGAGUGGCGGGUCCCUUCCAGCUCUGAGCGUGCCCAGAUCAUGGGUAUCCCGCCGGCCCUCUUGCACUGGGCCCCAGCCAAGCAAGGCCAUGAGGUGGAUGACGCGUGUAAGGAGCAGGUCCGCUCAUCCUUAGUGGGCAACAGCUUUCAUGUCCCCUCCUGCAUGUUGGCGCUGAUGGUGAUGUCGGUCUUGAGAAACAUGUCAGGAUGCAUGCCUUCGACACCUGCCUUCAUCCAGGACUUCGGCGUGCUGCUUCCGCCCUUGCAAGCUACACCGGAGGUGAACCUAGCCCUUGCCCGUCUCCAGGCCUACUGGGUUGAUACUCAGCUGCGGGGCCUCAAGUCUGAACCCCAAGGCCCCGAAUGGAGACAACAGCGUCACUUGCAAGCCUCUAAACAGGCCCUCGGCGUGCAGUCCGGAGGCCCAGGAUCCAAACUUGCCUCGGUUCCGUUGCUGCCUCUGGACGUCGGCAAGGACCUGCACAUGAAGCUUUCCACUUGCCUGCCUAGUCCAUACGACGUUUCAGGUGAGGUUGAUGAUGAUGCUCGCUUUGCCUGCUGGAUCAUGUGCACCCUGGGGCCGUGCAUACGCGUUUGGCGCCAGCAGCAGCAGCGUGCUAUGCAAACUGUUGCCAAGUUUCUGCAGCCCUGGGACACGUGCCUUCGCAAGCUCAUGCCUGCUGACGUUGCCAAGAUGGCCUCGGCCCGCUGCCCGGCCUUUCUCUCCUGCAUCUCUGCGCUCAUGCGUUGGCCUGACACGAGCGUUGGCCUUCGCUUUGUGACCGGCUUCAAAUGCCUCGGUGUUGUUGAGUGCCCGGGCCUCUUCAAGGACGUCAGCCCCGACCCGCCUGCAGAAUUGGGCCUCCCCGCCUUGCUGGGUUCCCAUGCUGUGCGAACUGUUGACAAGCUUGAGUGCAGUCUGCCCCGCUUCCCCUUUGCCAAGGAAGCUCGUUCGUUCACAGCUGAGGAGAUUGAACAAGGCCUUGCGGAUGGUCCUUACAGCCGCGCCGACCUUGACCGCCAAUAUGGUCGUGGGCAGUGGAUUCCCAUGCGCCGCUUCAUGUUGCCUCAGAGCUCCAAACUCCGCGCCAUUGAUGACGGCCGCUUCUCGGGUCACAACAUGGCGAGUUUCCUGGAAGAAACCAUAUACACUACCAGCCCUGACUUCGUUGCUGCCGCUUGUGGUGUGCUCCUGGAGCUUCUGCUUCAAGACGAGAAUGAGAUUCCAGAGUGGGCUCUUCCUCUGUUCGGCACCGAUGAUAUGUCUGCGGCCUACAGGCAGAUCCCAAACUCCCCGCUGGAGCAGCAAGCUAUGAUCAUAGCCUACUUUGACGAGGACCACUCUGAGCUGCGCUUUGCCAAGCUCCGUGCACACCCAUAUGGGCUCGCCUCCGCUGUGCUCAACUUCAACCGUGUGCCGCUGCUGCUUGCAGCUUGGGCCCGCGGGGCCGGAGGAGUUUGCUGUACAAACUACUUUGAUGACAGUGGCACACUCGACUUUGCCUGCUCUCGUGCUUCCGGCCAAGCCUUACUGCUGUGCUCAUACAAGUGUGCUGGCCUCAGCCUUGAUUUCAACAAGCGCACGCCCAUGGCCGUCCAGCGACACUUCUUGGGUGUACUUCUGGACCUCUCUGCAGUGCAAUCUCAGGCCGAAAUGAGGGUUUGUCUUAAGGAAGGCCUUGCUGAGGACCUGUCAAGCGAGAUUCGCCGUAUCCUCGAAUGCGAUUCUCUUUCCAGUGCUGAAGCCGCUAAGUUGCGGGGCCGUUUGGGGUGGGCGUCCUGCUCCAUGUAUGGACGAUGUGGCCGUGGGGGACAGGCACCUCUCGUCCAGCGCCAAUAUGCGUCUGAGCCUCCUGCCCUGACCGCCGCUUUGCGCAGAUCCCUCGAGUUCUACCUCAGUCUCCUGCAGCUUGUUCAACCUCGCGUGAUACACCUGGCGAGCCUUUGUCGGAGGCCCGUUGUCAUCUAUACAGAUGCCAGCUGGGAACCAAAAUGUAUGCAGCGGCCCGGCUUGGGCUACGUCCUGAUGCAUCCCGACUUUUCCCAGUGCUUGGGUGGAGCAUCGUCUGUCACGGAGGAGAUCCUGGCCGUCCUUUCGGACCGCCAGACUCAAAUCAUGCCGUUGGAAGCCCUUGCUAUCCUACAAGCUUUCGCCGCCUUCUGCCACCUCAAUCUUCGUUGUCAGGAUGUGGUCCUGUUCGUCGACAAUCAGGCGGUGGUUUCCUCCUUGAUCAAGGGUGCGUGCUCCGAGGAUGACAUUUCACUCGUCCUGCUGUGCCUCCACUUGUUCUGGGCUCACUUAUCCUGCAGGGUGUGGCUGGAGUGGGUCCCCUCGGAUGAUAACCCUGCCGAUGGUUUGAGCAGAGAUGGAGCUCUCGACGAGUGGACUACCAAGCAAGGUUGGUCGCUCCGCACCCAGCCGUGCCUGCCGUGGCCCGCUCUUCUACGACUCGACAUGACUGCUGUCCCGUCUGCCCUGGAACAUUGGAAUGCUACCUUGGAUUGCUCCUGGACCUUGGAUGUCAAAUGCCAUCCAUAG